CCCCUCUGACAAAGCGACAUUUAAAUGGAAACCAGAAGGAUGACGAACCAGUCAUUCAAGGAUGGGGGGUGGGUGUGCAAGGUGAGCAACAGCUGGGGCAAAGGCCCUGAGGUGGAGAUGGGGGCGGCAAGUAGAAGACCAUUGUGGCUGGAGUGGAAUGAUUGCUGGAGAGAGUGGGAGGAGACUAGGUGGGUAGGGACCACCCAUUCAGGGCUGUGGAGAGCCAUGGAAGAAUUUGGAGCCGGGGGUGACCUACUGGUUUUAUAAAUUAACCUCCCCCGGCUCCUGCUGCUGAGUGGAGAAUAGCCUGUAGGGGGUCCUGACAGCUGGAAGGAAACCAGAUGAAAGAGGGUGGGGGGCUGUCUAGGACAGGGGGCAUGGUAUUGAUGGUUGACCGGGGGAACUGGAACCACAGGGUCUGCCCCUCUGGAACUAGGAGGGCACAUAGCCUUCCUCCCACCUUCCCCUUGCCUAAUCUCUGGCCAAAUAGUCCAGUCUUUCUCUGUCUUUCUUCCCUUCCCUUCACAACCUGCCACUUGUUCCUCUCACUCCACUUCAGGCCUGGUCUGUUCUGAGCCCAGUGACCUCUUCCUGAGCCUCUGGGAGGUAGUCAGGACUGCCCUGUGACAGUGAACAAGUGACAGACCUGGGAGCUUGGCCCACAGGAGGGGAAGAGACAAGGCCUCUAUCUGCCUGGGGGUGACUCCUCUGCCAGCCCCAGUGUCUUGGCCCUGCUUCCUCUUUCUGGGAAGCACAGACAGCCUUAAGUUCCUGCCUCUGUUCUCCUUUAGCCAGUAGGGAAAAUGAGACAGAGGAGGAAGUAUGGGCCUCAGUUUCACCUUUUCUGACUAGAAGAGCUGUACCUCCCUUUGCAGAUGAACUGACAGCCUCCUGGGCCUGCAGAAAGUCAGGGGAAGAAGGAAGAAGGCAGGGAAGAAGACAGACUUUUUGUUGGUUACUGGGGUGUGAGGGCUGAGUCCAUUUAUUACUUAAAAUCAGCUGUAAAUCUUUCUCUUAGCAACUGGACUGGAGAGGGGUGGCAGCCCCCACAUGAGCCCUGGGGUGGGAGAGGGACACACCCUGGGCUUCUCCGCCAUCAAAUAUGGUUCCCAGGCCUGUGACAGAGGCCUUAAUUCUCAAUUUUGAACUCCAGGAGGGGCCCAGCAGGCCAGGGCAGUCUGGGGACGUCUGGUCGGGGUAACCCAGCGGUCAGGCCAGGCUCAAACAUUCCCCAGGGACAUCCACAGCCAUAACUCGGUCCUUGGAAAAACAGAGCUCCAGCUGCCUGUAAACGACCCAACCCAUACUGCUAGCUAGCGGUAGUGCGCCCCCAACUGGACAAUCAUAUGCCGAGGAUGCAAAAUUUAGGCCAGUAGGCAAAUCGCUCAGUGCCCUGGGAUUGAAAAUGAGCUAACCAGGGUGCGGGCUGUUUCCGGCUCGACGGCCUGUCUGGUAAGACAGUGGCCUGGGCCAAGCCAGUCCGGGGCCAGCUGCGGCGGGGAGAGGGCAUUGGGGAGUCCGGGCCCUGGCCGGCGGGAAAACAAGGGGCCUCUGUGUGGCGAUCUGGGCGGGGCGGCCAUCCCCAGGGAGGUACACAAGCCCUUCUCUGUUUCCAAACUAGGACGGAUGUCCCUUCAGCAGGAGAAACAGCUGCCUUUGUCGGGCUGGGGGCCAGGGUGUCCCUUUGAAGGGGCAUCCGGGGGGCUGAGAUGACUGCGUGACCCCGGUAGCCCCCCAUCACCCCCAGACUCACUAGGAACCGGCCUAACCAGCCUUUUCUGGAAGGUGCUGCUGGCACACAUGUGGUCCUUGCCAGCUCUGACAGCCCCAUGGCCCCAGCCAGCCACUGAGCCCCACCAUGGGCAGCCUAUACUCGGAGUACCUGAGCCCCACCAAGGUCCUGGAACACUACAACUACACAAAGGAGACACUGGACACACAGGAGACACCGUCCCGCCAGGUGGCCUCAGCCCUCAUCAUCAUCACCUGCUGCGCCAUCGUGCUGGAAAAUCUGCUGGUGCUCAUUGCAGUCGCACGCAACAGCAAGUUGCACUCAGCCAUGUACCUGUUCCUGGGCAAUCUGGCCGCCUCGGACCUCCUGGCAGGUGUGGCCUUCAUAGUCAAUACCUUGCUCUCAGGCCCUGUCACAUUGGGACUGACACCUGUGCAGUGGUUUGCCCGUGAGGGCUCUGCCUUCAUCACACUCUCCGCCUCUGUCUUCAGCCUCCUGGCCAUUGCCAUUGAGCGGCGCGUUGCCAUUGCCAAGGUCAAGCUGUAUGGCAGUGACAAGAGCUGCCGUAUGCUGCUGCUCAUCAUGGCCUCCUGGCUCAUCUCGCUGGCUCUCGGUGGCCUGCCCAUCCUUGGCUGGAAUUGCCUAGGCCACCUGGAUGCCUGCUCCACUGUCUUGCCACUCUACGCCAAACAGUAUGUGCUCUGUGUGGUGACCAUCUUCUCCAUCAUCUUGUUGGCCAUCGUGGCUCUGUACAUCCGCAUCUACUGCGUGGUACGCUCAAGCCAGGCCGAUGUACCUGGCUCGCAGACGCUGGCCCUGCUUAAGACGGUCACCAUUGUACUGGGUGUUUUCAUCAUCUGCUGGCUGCCCGCCUUUAGCAUCCUCCUCCUGGACUAUUUCUGUACCGUCCGGUCCUGCCCUAUCCUCUACAAAGCCCACUACUUCUUUGCCUUCGCCACCCUCAACUCGCUGCUCAACCCUGUCAUCUACACAUGGCGCAGCCGGGACCUGCGGCAGGAGGUGCUGCGGCCCCUGCGGUGCUGGCGGCAGGCAACGGGGGUACGAGGACGGCGGGGUGGGACCCCGGGCCACCGCCUUCUGCCCCUGCGCAGCUCCAGCUCACUGGAAAGGGGCACACACAUGCCCACAUCACCCACGUUUCUGGAGGGCAACACGGUGGUCUGAGGGGUGGGUGGGCUGACAACCAGGUUGACGGCAGAGGGCCACAUGGAGAGGUGCUGGGUGACCUCAGACAGAGAUGAGGGGCUGCCCGGCAUGAUGCCCCCACUCUGCAGACCUGGGUGGUAUUGGAAACAUUCCACAGCUGGUUUGGCCGAGGCACUGACCAGUCGGAUGGCAGAGCUGCUGCAGGGUCCCGGAGGCCAGCACCCGUGCCUGGCAUGACCCUUUAGAACUGGAUCAUGGGGCCAGGGUGAUUCCAGGUAGACACUCAAGGGGAGCUCGGAGCAGGAACGAUUGACCAACUGGUACAGAGGAUUUCAACAUCGGAACAACUCCUGACCCUCUGGCCUGCUUCAGACUCCCCUCUCUGAAUUACCCUCCUGCCACCUUCUCCUGGCAACCUCGGGCCGCUUCCCUGGAACCUCUGUCCUCAGGGGCUGGAGGCCUCCUCCCUGGCCUCCAGGGCUGCCUUCAUUACAGUCCCUGGGCCCAAAUCCACAGCUUCCCCAAAUUUCAUCAGCUGCCACUUUGGCUACUUCUUCCCUUUCCUCUCACUCUCCGAGAUGCCAGGAAACCACAGAGUGGGGGUGGGGAGCUGAGCCCCAUUCUCAGACCUCAUCGGGCAAUUGCACUAUUGGGGCACAGAGAAAUUACCAAAGGCUGGAAAAAUCGGUUUGGGGAGGGGGCAGAGAAAGGGAUUUGGGCCUCCCAGUGAGGCAGGGUAGAACCUGAGAAAGUUUUAAGGGAGAUAUUUGCACAGGACCCCCCCUAAAAUCAAACCAUACCCAAACUACUCCCACCAUCAGCCACGGCCAAGGUACCAGGCCCCUAAGGCAGAGCCAUCCUCAGCCACUGUGCCUCCCUUCAAGUUGUAUUGAAUGGAGCAUGGAGUUGGGGUGACCAAGGACAUUUCCUGGGGACACUCUCCCCUAAAUUGCCCCAGAAAAAUUUUGCUCAAUCCCGCGGAUGGAUGGAAGGGACAUUGCGGUACAGAUGUAUAUUUAUGUGACUGUGUGUGUCUGUGUGUGCAUGUGUGUGAUGUCUGUGACCUGGUUCCCUGCCGUUUCCCCCAGAGUGGAUGCUGUUCUGUCUCCUCAUGUCUGUGUUGAAGAUGCCAAAGGGGGUUCCGGUCCUGUAGAGACCCCUUAGAAAUUGCUGGCUCAUCUCCCCGCUUGAGAGCUGGGAUGCAGCUCACCUCGGGGAAGAAAACCUCAUGCCUCCAACUCAAGAAUGCAAAGGUUGAAGGGGUCUUUGGGGGGCAAGGAGCCAGUCAGGGGCUUGUCUCCCCUCAUACAGCUCCCCAGACACCCCACAUGCCUGAGACCCAAAUCUGGGCCAAUAAACGGUUCAAUUUCUUUUUCUGA